UUAUCAAAACUACGCGCCCAUUGAUUCCGUAUGCCUAUCGCGAAGGCAAGCGCCAGCUGUUCAACUUGCCUUUGUGUUAACGAAAAGCCCGGUUGGGCUGGGGUCAUUCAAUCCGCCGACACUCUUUGCCUUCGGUCCAAAUCAAGAUGGCGGCGCUUCCGGAGAACUGGGAGAUGGACUAUGAUGGAGCCAUCAGUCGCUGGAUUUACCGAUUCAAGCCUACAGGGCUCAUUCAGUACACCUUUCCUAAGCCGGGCGACGAGUUCCCCGAGUUUGUUGGCGAUUUUGGCGGACCUAUGCCACCCGAGGACAAAUUCUUGAGCCAGAAACUCAAGAAGGGGGGUUCAAGCGAGACGGCCCCAAGUUCUCCCCCAUUAAACAUCAGCACAACUGCGACGUCAGCGAACUUCUCUGGGCCAAGUUACAAUGAUCCACCACCAUGGUUCCAGCCAGACGGGUUCAUGUACAUGGGUCCUGGGGCGUACAACGACACAAGUCCGGAGCAAGACGAAGACGAGGCUGGGUUACCGGCGACUGACCCGAGGACACCCGAGUCCAAGGUUACUAAGCCGCCAAACAGACCAUUGAUAUCGCCUGUAACGAGUACAGAAACCACUCCUCUGGUUGUCAAUAGCCGACCUACCGUUGUGACGACCCAGGAACAGACUACGCCAGCGAAAGUUGACGGUACCCCGGCUGAAGGGGAUUAUAUCCUGUCUCCGGGGGUCCCUAUGUUGGAUGGUCGUCCGAUAAACCAAGUGUUUCCUAUCGGCUUUGUGGCCGAGUUAUACGGCGAGUCGACCGCGAGGACUCGCGAAGAACAUCCUGCCGCAGCGGAACUACCAGGUCAUGAGGCGCCCAUCCGCAAUCUACAGUUGGCGAACGCAGAUCAGCAUGCGCCUGUCGAGUUAUCCUCUGAAAACGCUAGCGUGAAGGCCACUUCGGGCGAACAAUCACAGAAAGACCCCAACUCUCAAAAGGUAGAUCCAGGAUCAAGACCGAAUCUCGAUCGGAAGAAGGAGUCAAGUCCCUGCAUAUUUGGCGCCAAUUUUGCCUCCCCUCCUUCGAAUCCUCGGCCUGCACACGCAGACAGGUAUUCCAUACAAGGACAAGUGCCGUCUCGGGUUGAGGUACCAGCUGUGUCGUCAGCUAAAGAGACACCGGGACAGAUAGUGUCAGUUGCACAACCAGGCAAAUCAGAGUCCGGAACAGAGCUUGAGAAUAGCUCAAAAGCCAACGAAAAGGCGAAAAAGUUUGGGACCCAACGGGUACCGUCCAUUCUCCAGCCCGCCCGCGGACGCCCAAAACCUUUACAGAGUCCUUCUGGUGGCCAGCAAGCCUCCUUAACUACAAACCGCUUUGUUCAGAGACCGCUGUACGACCUCCCAGAGUUAGACCAUCAGACAGUGAAACCUCUACACGGCCAUCAAUCCAUGAUUCUGCUCAACAAAAAGGAUAUAUUGGACCCUCCACCUGCGUUUACGAGGACAAAUACUCUACCCGCAGACCUGCCUUCACUGCCUUUCAUGGGAAACGGUUUUUCCACAAAAACCGAGAUGUCUUCACCGGCCCCAAAACCGCAAGACCAGCAGUCUCCGUCACCGCCAGCUCCAAGCGAGGAGGUACCACAGAUGGGGUCCAACUUUGCGUCGACAAGUAGACCACAUAGGGGAAGCUUAAGUGACUACGCGAACCCAGUUCUUCCUGAUAUCGGGCAGUCAGUGAAGCCUCUAAACAUCAGCCGAAAACCUUCCCCAACUGAAGUUCAAGGAGUAGAUCAGUCGUCUUUGGCAGUGAAAGACGGUAUGGAACAGACGGCUCCGAUGCUGGCGCAGGAAUUGUCACAAGCAAUUGCGGACUUCUCUAUUUCUGGAUAUGAACCAAAUCGCGCUACUGAGAUUGUCAUGUCUGAAAACGGUGGCAUAACAGUACUUUGGUGUCAGGAAAGGAUGCAGUUACGCCAUAUUCCAAGCGAACUGGCCGCUGAAACUUUGCCUAUCACUGCUGCCCGGAAAUCUUCUGUUCCUGAAGAUGGUUCGCAUAAUCUCCCACACUCUGGAAAUUCUGGUUCAGAGCCUCCGCGGCCUGACAAGAUCCCACCUGACAAUUCUCAGCCCGUGUUCACUCCAUACCGUCCUCCUGUAGGGGAACAAACCUUCCGCCGAAAGCCUGUGGCCGAGUCCCAAGGUCCUUACGAAACCUCAACCUCGAGUAUGGGGAUUGAGCAACAACGUGGCUCCUUCGCUCCAUUGGGUCACUUAGCUCAACAAGGAACCCCAGAACAUUACGUACCGCCUCCUCCCCACAACCAACAACUUCCAUCGCGUAGUGUUGAAGCCCUGCCACAGCCAGAUAUAAGGAACAUGGGCCUUCCACAAGCCUUUCCACCACCACAACAAUUCGCCAACCCACAGCCGCAGGCACAGGCAUCCACAUGGCCGAAACAAGAAUCAACAGCUCCCUUUGCGGGCCAAAUGGAUGAUUUGGCGUCAAAACCGCUUCCUCCCGUACCUGAAACCAUGACCCAGGCUCGUGGAUUAUCUAAUGAAGCUUCAACACCUGUUGUGAAGGAAAAGCGAGGGCUACUUUCGAAGUUUAGGAGAACUGGCAACACGGCCAGCUCCUCGAACAAGCUUCAAAAGUCGGUCGGGAAUAGCUAUCCCACAGCGAGCAAUAACAUUCCGCAGUCACAACCUCCUGUGUCUUAUCCAUCACAGCAAGGUCCACCACAAAACUCCCAGGUACAAUUCCAGGGUCCCUCAUCGCAUCCUGAUCAAACACAACCACAAGGCUAUCAAUGGCCUGCGAAUACACUGGACGCAUGGUCAGCGUAUGGCCACGAUCCGCGUGCUUUCACGCCGACAGUCCAGCUCGGAGGACCUCAACACGAGCCUGAGUUUGCCUAUCAGAAUCAGCCGAUGUCAGCCCAGCAGCAGUGGUAUCACCAUCAACUGCAGCAGCAACAGCAACAGCAACAGCAGUUGGACAGCAGAAGGGAGAGCGAAGUGUCCAACCUGACCGGCACUUCGUCACCUUCACCAGUCCCCAGCAACGCGGACACAGUAUCCAUCGCAGACAGUUCCAGAGUGUCGAUAAUUAGCAGUCAUCACACUCGUCCUGGAAGCGAGGGCGCUGCCAGUCUCGCCAGUGUCAGCACCAUUGGCAGGAACAGUGAGGUCACUCCGCCGCCUAGCUUCAACCGCCGCAACGGGAACGGGCCUGGCCCGAGUAGAUGGGGGAGCGUAUCUGGAGGCGGUGGUGGUGGUAAAUAUGAUGGAUCGGGUUGGGGUGAUUUUGAGUAGAAGAUGAUUCUUCGGUCAGCCCUUUGGGUAUGAACUUGAUAAUGCCAAUGCCGAUGAGCUCCUUGUCUGUCUUGCAGCAGAUGAGACGAACCGAGCGUGGUGUUCGACAUCUGUUCCUGCAUGCUUCUACUAACAUCUGACAUCGGCACGCCCCUUUCAU